AUGUUGGACUUCGCCAUCUUCGCCGUCACUUUUCUGCUGGUCCUAGUGGGAGCCGUGCUGUACCUCUACCCGGCUUCUAGACAAGCUUCAGGUAUCCCUGGGAUUACUCCAACUGAAGAAAAAGAUGGAAAUCUUCCAGAUAUUGUAAAUAGUGGAAGUUUACAUGAAUUCCUGGUAAAUCUCCAUGAGAGAUAUGGGCCAGUAGUGUCUUUCUGGUUUGGCAGGCGCCUGGUGGUUAGUUUGGGCACUAUUGAUGCACUGAGGCAGCAUAUCAAUCCCAAUAGGACAUCACAUCCUUUUGAAACUAUGCUAAAGUCUUUAUUAAGAUAUCAGUCUGGUCUUGAUGGAGAUGCAGUUGAGAAUCACAUUAGGAAAAAACUCUAUGAAAAUGGUGUGAACAAGUCUCUACAGAGUAAUUUUGCUUACAUGGUCAAGCUUUCAGAAGAAUUAUUAGGAAAAUGGCUCUCUUACCCAGAAUCUCAGCAUGUGCCUCUUUGUCAGCACAUGCUUGGCUAUGCCAUGAAGGCUGUUACGCAAAUAGCCAUGGGCAAUAGCUUUGAAGAUGACCAGGAAGUCAUUCACUUUCAGAAGAAUCAUAGCACAGUGUGGUCUGAGAUUGGGAAGGGUUUCCUGGAUGGCUCACUUGACAAAAGUACAACUCGGAAAAAGCAGUAUGAAGAAGCACUUAUGGAAAUUGAAACAGUUUUUAAAAAAGUCAUAAAAGAACGAAGAGGAAGAAGCUUCAGUCAACAUAUCUUCAUAGACUCCUUAUUACAAGGAAACCUGAAUGAGAAGCAGAUCCUAGAAGACAGCAUGAUAUUUUCUCUAGCAGGAUGUGUUAUAACUGCUAAUUUAUGCAUGUGGGCAGUCUAUUUUCUUACUACAUCAGAAGAUGUCCAGAAGAAAUUGCACAAAGAAUUAGAUCAAGUUCUUGGGAAAGGUCCAAUUACUCAAGAGAAAAUCGAUCAGCUCAGAUAUUGCCGGCAAGUGCUUUGUGAAACAGUUCGAACAGCUAAAUUAACACCAAUUGCUGCCAAGCUUCAGGACCUAGAGGGAAAAGUUGACCAACAUAUCAUUCCUAGAGAGACCCUUGUUCUUUACGCUCUUGGUGUAGUUCUUCAGGAUCGUUGUGCCUGGCCAUCACCAUACAAGUUUGAUCCAGACCGGUUCAAUGAUGAAUCUGCUAUGAAAAAUCUUUCCUUGCUUGGAUUCUCAGGCACACAAGAGUGCCCUGAGUUGAGAUUUGCAUAUAUGGUGGCCACGGUACUGCUAAGUGUGCUGGUGAGAAAACUGUACUUACAUCCUGUGGAAGGACAAGUUAUUGAGACAAAAUAUGAGCUGGUAACAUCAUCAAAGGAAGAAGCGUGGAUCACUGUUUCUAAAAGAAACUAA